AUGGAACCAUCCCCACUCAACUCACUGGCCCUGUUCGCCUCACUCUCCUGUGCGCCUGCCCUACAUCAACCCAUCCACUCCUCCCCACAUCCCUCCCUCCCCCUUUCUCCCAUUCCUGCCCCCCCAAUGCCGGCUCAUUUCAACCUGCGCAACAACCAGCUGACAGGCCCUGUACUGCAGCCCAUCCCAGCAAACCUCACAGUCUACGAUCUCGACAACAACUACCUCUCCUCAGGCUUCUCCUCCCUGCCCAACUGCUCUAAACGCUCCAUCUCCUUCCGCUUCAACUGCCUCAAAACCCCCACUCAAGGCUACUCCUGCCCUACACCCGCCACGCCCUCUGCUGCUGCUACAGCAGUGCAGCGGCCAGAAGUGCUCUGCGAUGUGUUUUGCGGCGUGAGUUCUACCGAUCCCCCGUGCGGCGGGCAUGGCUCAUGCUAUGCGGCCGGGCCCAACAGAGUGCCCACGUGUGCCUGCAACCCCGGGUUUGUCAAUGGGGAGCUGCCUGGAAGCUGCAUCCCUAACGGAAGCCAAGGGGGUGGCCCAGUAACCGUGCAGCCAACAGCAGCACAGAUACUAGUGAAGGGGAGGGCGUCAGUGGCAAGCAACGGUCGCAUCACACUCAUAGCCUCACAGCCCAACACAUGGGGUGCAGCGUUUUUCAAAAGCCCCGUCCGACUCUUCUCCUUCUCCCUCAAGGCCGGUGCCUGCGGCCGCCCCUUGGCCUUCACCAUCUAUUUCUCCUUCUCCCUUCUCAAACCAGCCACUGUCAGCAGGGCAGCAGCCACAGCUGCGGGAAAUGCAGGGGAUGGGUUUGCGUUUGUGAUUUCCGCCAGUGGCUCUGCUACGGGCGGUAGCAGUGGCAGCACCAACGGCACUGGUGGUGGCAGCAGCUUAGGUUAUGCAGGCAUUGAUAAGCACAGCAUAGCCGUGGAGUUUGAUACUGCAAGAAGCAUCGACGCCAACGACCCAGACAAGAGCCAUGUGGGAUUCAGUGUGAGGGGCAACACCUCUUCCAUCGCAACUGCAAAAGCGCCCUUCACUCUCAACGACGACAACCUAAAGCAUGCCUGGAUUGUCUUCGACCCCUCUCCUGCCUCUUCUAGUGCUACUGCCGGUGAUGGCUAUGACAGAAGCAGCAGCAGCAGCAGUGGUACGGGGUCGCUGCAAGUGUUUCUCUCAGCCAAGGCGCCCCUCCUACCGGGCAAGGCAGUGGUGGCGAUGCAGGUGUCGCUGUGCGAGUUCCUGCAGCCCAGUGCAGCCAAGGCGUCGUUCCUCAUGGGCUUCACUGCUUCCUCCUCUGACUCCCCGCAGCAACACUCCAUCCUCGCCUGGAACAUCACCACAGGCCUUCCAGAAUCAACCACCCUUACUGGCCAGCAAUUUGGGUUCCAUCUCAGCGAGGCAUCACUAUCACCAGUGGGAGCGAACCUGUUUUUCCGCUAUGCAAGUGUGGGCGUGCAGGCAGUGCAGCCCGCAGGAGGAGGAGGGGGAGGAGGAGGCGGAGGGGCUAAGGAGGAGGAGGUAUGGGUUGUGAGCCAGGUGUUCUCCUGGGCCGACCAGGGGCUGCCGUGGCCCGUCCAGAACCAGGGCGCCUGCGGCGACUGUUGGGCGUACGCGGUGGUGGGAAGCGUAGAAGUGGCCUACAGCAUUCUCUUCAACCUCUCUGCCGUGCCGCUAAUCUCCGUCUCCCAGCUGCGCGACGCCCUCGGCGCCUCAUGCUCGCAGGGCAACUCGCCCUCCCAGGCCUUCCAGUACCUCGUCACUCUCAACGCCAAGAGCAAAGUGGAGCUCAUGGAGGAUGGGGACGGAGUGGUGAGCAAGCCAUCGGGGGGGCCAUUCAUAGUGGACGGGUUUGAGCGCACGGCGUUCCACGGCUGGUUUGGGCUGCUGCUGGCCGUGCGGCGACAGCCCGUGGUGGCGCAUGUGCAGGCCACCGCUCCCUCCUUCCUCAACUAUGAUGGGUGGGGCGACGGCGGGCACAUGCGGAUGGACAUCCAGGGGGGCGACGGCGUGUGUGGGAUCAACACGCUGCCUGGGAUCUACCCGGUGGUGCGCGCUGCCAACGACCCCUGCAACGUCAACGGCACCACCAGUGGGGUGUUUGGGCCGCUCUUCAACCCCU